GGCCGCCUCUGGGCGCCCGGCGAGGCGGGGCCUGGCCUGGUCGGCGGCAGGAGAGGAGCAGCAUCUGUGAAGCGACGGUGAAGGCGUUAAAAGCGUUUUGCCGCGUCGCUGCCUUCCGUGCGCUGUAUUUCGUUUCGAGGCAGCAGGCGGAUUUGCAUGGGGGACGACCUGCCAGUGGCUUCACUCUGCGUUGUGUGUUAAAGUGAAUAGUGAAAUGUCCUCGAAGAAAGCGAAGAGAAAUCAUUCUGGAAAGAAAUCACUGGAACCCCAGACCAACCCCCGUCCUCACUGGAAAUCGGUUCCACUUGAGGAACCAGAUGUCUCAAGGAUAUUGAAGGUAGCAGAAGCAAAUCAGCUUGAGGAGCUUGAUGAUUCAUUUGAUCACCCUUUGCACAGCACGGCUGUGGAUGCUUAUGGAGAGGAGCAUUCACAAAACAAGUCCCUUGGUCAUGUUUCAGCUCAACAAAGGAAAAGUACAGGAAGAAGUAAAAAAAUGUGUUGCUCGACAACGUCUGGUGAUGAUGAUCAGAAAUCCAGCACAGCUGAUCCUGAAGAUGAACCCCUUAAGGAGAAUGUGAAGGCUCUGAAAACUACUGAAUUCCAGGCAAAAAAGAAGCGGCCUUCAGAGGAGAAUAUGUCAGAUCCUUCUGUGGAUAGCCCAUGUUCUGUACAAGUUUGGUGUCCCAAAGAGAUGAAGAGAUCUCCCAGAGAUAUUACAGAACUGGAUGUUGUUCUGGCUGAGUUUGAGAAGAUAGCAGCAAAUUACAAACAAAGCAUAGAAUCAGACACUUGCAAAAAAGCUAUCAGUGGCUUCUGUUCUGCUUUCAAGGACCAAAUCACCGAUCUCAUAGUGGACAUUCAGGAAUUAAAGAAUACGAAGAAAAAAAAUGCUAAGGUAAUAACAGACAUCAAAAAGAAAAGGCAGCAACUCUUGCAACUCAGAGAAGAGCUAAUUGGAGCUGAACAACAACUGAUAAAACUACAAAGAGAAUAUGCAGAGAUCCAGGAAAGGAAAACUUCCUUGAGGCAAGCAACUGAAUUACUUACUGAUUUAAAGGAGCUACAGCAAGACUGUUUGGAUUAUAGAGAAGAAAACCCAAAAGAAGAAGUGGUAUAUGGAACUUCCAGCCUACCUGCUCUUCUGGUGGAGUCACGGAGAAUUCUAGGAGCAGAAAGACACUUUCACAAUAUUAAUAUGAAACUGGAAGAGGCUCUGGCUGUACAAAGAGGAAAGUCAUCAAAGAAACAUUAAGUAUUUUUUAAUCAACUUUUGGACAUUUGUUAGGAACAUCCAUUAGAAUGGUCAGUGCUUAAAACUUGUUUAAUCAUUGUUGCUGUAUUUUGCUUCAGAGAAGUCAGCAGCUUAAUGAGAGACUCUAUACUGUCAGAUGGUCUGUGUGAGAACUUACUCAGAUGGUCAAUGAAAUUAAUAAAACAGCAAUUUUAGUAAAACUUGU